CACCCACUAGCCUAGAAUUACCCUUGGUAUCAGCGCAUUGGAAUUACGCCUGGGACAGCCCGUGUCGCGCCUUGGCAAAAUGAACUUAUCUCUAAAAUGGUCAUCUAAUGCGAGUCACACCUCUCUGACUCUGGCCCACAAUGCUCCAGUUAGAAGAACGCUCGGAUAACUGUGAUGUUGAGGUCGCGGAAAAAUUCGACCCCACCUCUUACUAUGAGCAGGCUGCCGGUCGUUUGGUGAUCGAUCCCCAGCAGGCAAAGGUCGAGUUUGGCGAGGCACUGGCUUCAACGCUCAAACUGAGCCGCGACGGCUCUACAAUUCUCUGGCCACAACCUGCCGACGAUCCGAAUGACCCACAGAAUUGGAGUGAUCGGCAUAAAGCUCUGCACCUUCUUGUUAUCACUCUGGCAGCCAGCAUACCUGAUUUCGAUUCAGGAAUUGGAAUUGCUUCGAUAUUUGGAUUGGCACAGACAUAUAAUACAACAACAGGUGUUAUCAACAACCUUACGUCCAACUGGAGCAUCUUCUUGCUAGGAUGGGGUGGGAUCUUUUGGGUAAUGCUCAUGCGACGUUACGGUCGCCUUCCUGUGCUAUUUUGGACACAGGUUUUCGCGGUUGCGUUCCUCGUCGGUGCUACCUUUUCACCGGACCUGGCUACCUUCACAGCAAUGCGUUGUUUGACGGCAUUUUUUGGGACUUGUCCUCAGGUUACGGGCCUUUAUGUUGUCACUGACAUAUUCCCAUUCCAUCUACAAGCUCGAAAAUUGAAUAUUUGGACCUUUGGAUUCAUUAUAUCCCCAUUCUUAUCGCCAUUCGCUUUUGGCUUUCUUGUAGCACGUAUGAGCUGGAGAUGGGCCUACGGGAUUGGGUCGAUUUACAGUGCCAUCGUUGUCCUCCUGAUCGGUCUGUUUAUGGAAGAAACGAUGUAUGACCGCCAUCUGGAUCCCCACCGAGAACGAAUAUUGCCAGGCAUACAAUAUCGACUCAAGACCCUGAUUGGCAUCACCGGGUAUAAGAUGGCCAGGUAUCGGUCAUGCUGGUCAGAAGUUGUAUGGGCAUGUUUGAACGUUGUUUGGAGACCUCAAUUUAUCUUGGUUGCAUUUUUUGAGGCCUUUGUUUUCGGAUUCUCAGUUGGCGUCAACGUGACAAAUGUUGUUUUCAUGGGCUCCCCUCCUCCAGUCGGUUUUGGAUUCAGCGAAUUUGGGGUUGCUGGCGCAUACGCGACUCCGAUUGUAGCUGUGAUUCUAGGAGAGGUGUGCGGACGAUUCCUGAAUGACCGAAUUAUGGACUUCACUGUUCGGAAGAAUAAUGGUAUAUUUGAGGCUGAGAGUCGUUUAUGGGCAUGUUAUGCAGCAAUGCCACUGUACAUCUGCGGCUUUUUGACAUUAGGAGCUGGUAUCCAACAUUUGAAUAAAGCUGCACUUAUCUUAGGUUGGGGGAUAGCGGAAGUGGCGGUCAUGGUGAAUACAGUUGCCGUCUAUGCGUAUUGUAAUGAUUGCUUUCCGCGGCGUCAGGGAGAAAUUAGUGCUCUGCUCAACCUGGCGCGCGUGCUAGGUGGCUUCAGUGUGGCAUACUUCCAAGUCCCAUGGGCUACAAAAUCUGGCGGAAUCGAGACGUAUGGUGUUGAAGCAGCGAUUGUGAUGGGAUUGUUCUUACUUGCUGUGCCAACGGUGCAAUUGAGAGGGAGAUAUUUCCGGGAGCACUUCGCCUUAUAACGCGAUGUUGCUAUUUCGUAACUCCGGGACAAGUGGAAGUCCGAGAAUUGUAUUUCUGUGAAGCGGUUUGCCCCAGUCGCGUUACUUUUAUCACCGCUGGAAGCAUUAGAUGCCUAGUGUAAUCAAUUGCAUGGAAUCCCCGCCAGACCUAACAAGUGACCUUCGGGAAAUCAUGCAGUUCU